AUGAUGAGCUCAACGCACAGUCAUGAUCUAUACAGUCGCCGCGAGGAUGACAUCAUCUCGCACCAACAGCGAUAUUGCCUUUGUGCUGGAUUUAGUACGCUGUCGGCAUUGGUCACCAGUCUCAUACGGAUUGUCAAUCUCUUCUUGGCCAUAUUCGUGGCAACCACGGAAGAGUUCCUUGCCGUUCAGAUUUUCACCAGCGCCUUGGCAAUCUAUCAAGUAACCUGUCUAAUGAUACACAUGAAGCGAGAAGAACGAGUCAACCCAAACACUUCCCUGUACGAGUUCACCAAAUCGCAACAUGAAACCAUCAAAAUGGUUCUAGCGGUCAUUGUGGGACUGAUUAUGGCAGUAUGUCUUCCAUAUCUAACAUUUUGUACAGAUGAAAUCCAAUGGCGCCAUGCCGGUGGUGGUGUUCUCUUGUUUGUAUUCCCUGCUAGUUUCGACUACCGCAUUCGUCGAUCCAUACUGUACCUGUUGUUGGGCAUCCGACCAGAAAACAAGAACGAAACUGGUGACACUGACAUUGACAAUGGCUUCAUAUUGCUUUGGAUGGGAAAGUACUUUCAGAUGCCAGUGGAAUUGGGACCUGUCCUUGCGUAUGCCUUGGCCGAACAACAUGACGAAAUCGUGUUGAUUUCGACCUUGGUCAUGACCAUGGGUCUGAUUCUGGUAGGGGUUGUCGCCAGAACUAGACCCGGCAAUUGUUGGAUCAGUCGUGAUGGCAAGGUUCAUAUUCCAGUCAAUGCCUCCAAAGCAGAAUUGAGUUAUGCGGGUUACUUGGCCUCCUACUAUGAUGCUUGUGACGACGAGCGAGUAGUUUAUGUGGCUUCUGGAGAUGUGGCCAAGGAUAUUCCCAGACUAUUGGAAUGGAUUGCAGAAUCCGAUCUACCAGAAGCCGGUAGAUGGGGUCAAGUCCUGGGAUCUGGCAAUGCGGAAACUGGAACGGAAUUAUGCGUCGAACAAUGCUUUGGCAAGUCUAUCCUGUACCGUCAUGACGAUGUCGUAGUAGGUUCGACCACCACCUACAUUCACCUAGGACAGAAAGUUUUCGAGAUUCAAGGAGGAGGAUAUAUGAAAGAAACUUCAUCCAAGCUCGAGCUACUAGACGGCGCUACAUCAGUCAGUGGUAGCUGGGAAAUUAUGUGA